CGCAGUCAAGGCCACCAUGCCCAUCUGGGUGGUCCUCCUGUCGCGGAUCAUCAUGAAGGAGAAACAGAGCACCAAGGUGUACUUGUCCCUCAUUCCCAUCAUCAGCGGCGUCCUGCUGGCCACGGUCACUGAGCUGUCCUUUGACAUGUGGGGGCUCGUCAGCGCCCUGGCUGCCACGCUCUGCUUCUCGCUGCAGAACAUAUUCUCCAAGAAGGUGCUAAGAGACUCGCGAAUCCACCACCUGCGCCUGCUGAACAUCCUGGGCUGCCACGCCGUCUUCUUCAUGGUCCCCACCUGGGUCCUGGUGGACCUCUCGGCCUUCCUGGUCAGCAGCGACUUGACCUAUGUGUCCCAGUGGCCCUGGACACUGCUGCUCCUGGCCAUCAGCGGCUUCUGCAACUUGGCCCAGAAUGUCAUUGCCUUCAGCAUCCUCAGCCUCGUCAGUCCCCUGAGCUACUCGGUUGCCAAUGCCACCAAGAGAAUCAUGGUCAUCACUGUGUCCCUGGUCAUGCUGCGCAACCCAGUCACCAGCACCAAUGUCCUCGGCAUGAUGACGGCCAUCUUGGGUGUCUUCCUGUACAACAAGACCAAGUACGACGCCAACCAGCAGGCCAGGAAGCACCUUCUCCCGGUCUCAGCGGCAGACCUGAGCGGCAAGGAGUACCACCAGAGCUCCUCAGAGCAGCCCCACAACGGCCUCCUCUUCCCCCAGCACGGGGACCAGUAUGGCCGCAGCAGCCUCCUCACAGGCCCCUUCCCGCAUGGCCGGCAGGGCUACCCACAUGCCUACGGCUUGAGCCGCUAUGAUGUGUAGCAACCAGUAGGCAGGA